CUUAGUGAUUUAAUUUCCAUUUGUCUACUUGGCCAGGCCCAAAUUUGUAGCACGGUUUCGUAUAAAUGCUGUGCAAGUGUGAAAUACGAAGUACAGAGUAUCUUCUUCAACUUAAUUUCAGUUUUCUGGCAGAAAAACUUUGAUACAAUUAGCAAGUUUGCUUGGGAAACGUGAAUAUUAGAUUGAAUUCCCGUUUCCCAUUCGUUUCCGGAACGCGUUUUUCGGUUUCCCCGUUCCAGGACGUUUCGUAAACGGUACGUUGUGAUUUUUUUGGCGUUUCCGAGCACCGUAGUAGCCACAUCUGUAGAAGGAUGGGAGAAAGAAAGGUUUUGAACAAAUACUAUGCUCCAGAUUUUGAUCCAAUGUUGGGCAUGUCAAUUCGCUGUAGUAGUUGCGGUAAUUAUAUCAACAAAGGAACGAAAUUCAACUCUAGGAAAGAAGACGUGAUUGGCGAGACAUACUUGGGAAUCCAAGUAUUUAGAUUUUACUUCAAGUGCACAAAGUGUUCGGCGGAGUUGGUGAUAAAGACAGACCCUAAGAAUUCAGAUUAUGUGGUUGAGGCGGGUGCAACACGUAAUUUUGAACCGUGGCGGAAUAAAGACGAAGAAAUUGAGAAGGAAAAAAAGAAACGAGAUUCUGAAGAAAUAGGAGAUGCAAUGAAAUCUUUGGAGAAUAGAAGUUUGGAGUCAAAAAGGGACAUGGAUAUCCAGGCAACCCUUGAUGAAUUGAAGUCUAUGAGGUCAAGGCAUGCGACAGUCAACAUAGAUGGAAUGUUAGAGGCCUUGCAGCGCACGGAAAAGGAAAAGAAGCUUGAUCUGGAUGAAGACUUUAUCAAGUCAAUAUUUAAUCAGCAGUAUGUGCCAAGGAUUGAUGAUGAUGAUGAUGAUGAAUGGGAUGAUGACAACUUGUUUGAAGAGAUAGAAAAACACAAGGUGAAGAAACUAAAACUUUCCAAAGAUGCUAGAAAACGUAAACCCACCUUUCAGCCUCCACCUGUACGAUUCAUGGCCAAGAGAAAAUCACCAGAUGACAAAGUACCUGUCAAGGAACCAAUAACACUGCUCAGAAUCAUUGGAAAGGAGCUUGGUGGCACAACAGCCUCAAUGGGUUCAUUCAGGUUUUGUGGAUGAAUAUGCAUCAAAUGGAAAGAAGGGCACUUAUUAUUUGAAAUUUCAAGGCCUUUGAGAACCAUGGAUUGGUUUCAACAGGAUGCUCAAUUCAAGAUUGGUGACACGAGCAACUUCUCAGCCUCUUUUUGGUACCCAAUAGAUGGUAAUCCAUGGCAUGGUUCUGGACAUUACACGGUCAGGUGUGAAUGUGUGAUUGGCUACCACUGAAUUUUAUCUCUGGAGUCUGGAGGAUCUACACUUACUGGAUCCAGGACUGCAACAACAAGCUCCUGGGAUGCAGCUGUUGCCUUCUCUCUCCUACUCUCUGUAACAACAAGCUCCUGGGAUGCAGAGAUGUUCUCAUUGAAUGGAGCACAUCCCAGGAUCAUUACAGGGAGGAGAAUACGCUACAGCAACUAGCUGCACUCCUUGCAACAAGACCUAUUACAGGGCAAUGAGCACGGAUACAUAGCGGUGUCCCACCCCUUCUGCUGCGGAUCACUGUAUGAUCGACAUGAGCUACAGUUGUAGAACGGCCCACGUCUUUGCGGUUUUGGUGGACCUACACUCACGAUUUCUGGAGUUUGUCCAAUCUUCUUGAGGGCCUUAAAGAUUGGCACUGGCUCAACCUCCCCAACAACUCCUUUGCAGGUGUUAAUUCGAAAAUGCUACAACCUAAAAAUUUGUGCUCUCAUAUUACGCACCUAAAAUUUUGGCGACUGCAGUAAGAAUUUCUUUCUGACUCUUCUUGCUGCUGGUAUUCACCUUUAUAACGGUUCUCUGCAUCACAAUAUGGGUUGGUUUUAAGACAUAAUGUUAGUAGGAAUUAAGAAAUAAAAACAAUACAAAACCCUGCACAUUUAAUGUAUAAUCUAAAAACCAUAAGUUAUUUACCUUUUUCCCCACUUCUGCCCGUCAAGAAUAGCAAGGCGCGCAUAAUUCAACUGAUAUUGAUAUGUUUCUGGUAAUUUAAGAAUCCAAAAAAGAGCAUGAAUCUAUCCGGAAAUUUCUCACUUAUUCUUUGCGGAUGACGCCCUCUUUUUCAUAUGAUAUUGUUUAACAAUUUAUGAAUAUUGUUUUAACAAUUUAUGAUAUUGUUUUAUUUGAUUCCAAGUUCAUUCUCUCGAUUGAUUUUACUCUCUUCUGAUAAGAAUAUGAGGAGCAUAAGAUGGUUAAAAGAGAUAGAGCAGCGAUAGGUUAGCGAUAAGGGGGUCUUGUGGUUUCCCGGAGCUGGCGUUUCGAUUGACCGGAGUAAUUUCAGGUGGGUGAACGGAGAACUUUUAGGUGGGUGACCGACUAUUCGGGCGAAUAUAGAGAGCCUCAGUUGUGUUUUUGCGUGGUGAUUCAGGGAUGGUGUUUUUGCGUUAUAGGUGUUGGUGGUUUAGGAAUUCAGGGGUGGUGGUUCGUUGGGGGAAGCGCAGGUUCGGUGCGGUGUCGUUGGUAACAUUAGACCUGAUUAUUGGACAGGGUAGUCCAAUGGAUAUAGGGUUAGGGUCAAGUUAAUAGGGUUUUUAUCGGGCAGGACUCUUAUUGGACAUGGCCUUUAUUGGACAGGGUCAUUAUAGGGUCAAACUUAUACUACAAUUAUUUUGAAAAUUAAAAUAGUAAUGAUACAAAAAAUUACGUGUAUAGCUUCGUAUUCACUUGUACUUGCACAUGGCUCUUUUGUUUUUCAUUUUUCAUUGCUCGUUUAUUGACCAGCCCACUAAUGACCCGCUAUUGACCCGCAACCCGCUUUUGACUAGCCCAUUAUCGACCCGCUAAAAAUGACCCUUUCAAUACCCGACCCUUUUUUGACCCGCACCGACCCUGACCCGACCCGCCCAAUAACCAGGUCUAGGUAACAUACAUAUCCUCAUCUUAGUAAGGCAUAAAAACUGCUCCAUAGAAAAAACGAUGAAGUGUUCUACAAUAGAAGAUAGAUGAUGUUGAAACUGAUGAGUUUUGGGCAAAAAAUUUCAUGUGUUUGUUUUAUUUGUUUCUUUGGGUUUCUUCCUGUAAAUUGGUGUGGGUUUUUUGUUUGUAAUGUGACUUAAAAAUAUGUCGUCAUUGAUUUUGAGAUUGAUAAAAGUACACCUAUUUUUUUAUACAUUUGACUACUUUAUUUGUAUUUGCAGAUAGUUGGACAGGCAAAUUAAAUGCAAUGCUGAAACACGACAAUAAUGUGAACGGAUUGGAGGAUGUUGUUUGACAUUGUCGGUACCGGUGGCGAUGGCACAAACACUAUAAAUAUCUCUACAUGCGCCUCUAUAUUGGUUGCCGCUUGUGGUGCCAAAGUAUUCGAUUAAAUAUCAUAGCGAGAACAUCUAUCUUUCCCGCCUCCUUGGUCUCUUAUACUCUUACCGUUCACCAGCUAGUGUUGAGCAUAAGCCACAAUUCGUAUGAAUAUAUCAUUGUACACUUACUAGCACCGUCUAAUUUCUUCCGCAUUCGUCAUAAGUCUAUUUGUUUUUAAA